GCAAGAAGCACCAACCACCAACGCGAAACACCACCACACCACAACACCUCAACCUUGCAACCUCAGCUUGGCUGCCUGCCUGGUCGCGAUGAGCCUUGUGGUGUCCUGGCCGGACCGAAAGCGAUGGCUGUUCUUCACGUUUGUGUCACUGCAGAUCCUUGCCAUCAUCGGCAUCACGGCGGCGGUGAUUGACCAGCACGAUAAGGCGAGCGGCAAUGCCACGUUGGCGUACGCCAUCUCCUUGCUGCUCACCUCCGUGGCCAUGUGGUACUUUGUGGCCAACGGCAUCUUCUUCGAGCAGAAGUGGCGCAUCAUCUUCUUCCUGGUGGCCGCGGUCCUCGUCUUCGCCUACGCCCUGUACAGGUAUCUGCGCGGCAGGGACGACGAGGAUGUUGGGGAGAGCAAAGACGAGCUGCUGGCGCGCCUCAUCAUCUCGGGCGUGUGCCUCCCCAUCGACUUUGUGGGCUCGUACUUCAUCCUCACGGACAUGGAUUGGCUGGCGUGGCACAUCGCCGGCUGCGACGAGGAGCGCAUGCAAGCGUUCCACUGGCUGUCGCGCUUCCGCUCCUUCUUGGACCUGGACUUUAUGGUGGCCAUCACCCUGGUGGUGCUGGCCGCGUUCUCGCACACGCUCACGGAGCCCCAGCUUGGCCUGGCCAUCUCCGGGCUGGUCAUCUCGCUGGCGUGGAUUGUGGUCGGCACCGCGGGCGCUCGCCGCGAGAACACCGUGUUCAUGGUCGUCUUCUAUGCCCUCUCCACGCUGGAGCCCACCUUCAUCGUGUACAAGUUUGUCGAGUUUGCCAACAACUGGGACCACUACAAGCACAAGGAUACCACCAACCCGGUCAUCUUCCUGGGCUGUGUCGCCAUCCUGUUGCGUGCCGUUGUUGUUGCACUAGCCGUCAAGGUGCACCGCAACUUCAACCUCGGCCUCAAGCAAGCGCUCCUCAGCGCCGGCGACUCAUCAUCUGGCCAGCACUACAGAUCCAUCUGAGGGCGUGUCUGUCUGUGUCUGUAUCUGUGUGUGUGUGUGUGUGUGUGUGUGUGUGUGUGCGGUGUGUGUGUGUGUGUGUGUGUGUCUGUCUGUCUGUCUGUCUGUC